CUGUUUCGAUGGCGACUUCGUUUUCCCAUUCAUUAAUGCCACAAACCUUCCCCUAAGAAAAAAAAAAACAUCCUCAUUGCGUAGGAUCAAGAAAACUGUAAUCCCCACAAUAGAAUAAAAAAAAAGGGACUCAUGGGUCUCUGUUUCUCCUCCGCCGCUAAAGCCACCGGCCACAACCGUAGCGGCCGGAACCCCGUCCCACAUCCUCCUCCUCCUCUCACGGUGGCCAAACACAGACCCCCUCAAUCACCAUGUUCUUUCAUGGCCGUUACGAUCCAAAAAGAUCAUCAUAGAACGCAACCGCGACGCAAGAAAACGCCGACGCGGCAAACGCCACCGCACGGGAGAGGGAGAGAGAAAGUUAUAAGCAAUAAUAAUAAUAAUAAUAAGAGGCAUGGAGAAGCGGUGAUCAUCCCUUACGGUAAGCGUGUUGAUUUUGGUUACGCUAAAGAUUUUGAUCACCGUUACACCAUUGGGAAAUUGCUCGGACAUGGCCAAUUCGGUUAUACGUAUGUCGCUACCGAUAAAAAGACCGGUGAUCGUGUCGCCGUCAAGAAGAUCGAUAAAGCCAAGAUGACAAUUCCGAUAGCUGUGGAAGAUGUAAAGAGAGAGGUGAAGAUACUACAAGCUUUAACUGGUCAUGAAAAUGUGGUUCGGUUUUAUAAUGCCUUUGAAGACAAGAACUCUGUUUAUAUUGUCAUGGAGUUAUGCGAGGGUGGUGAGUUACUUGAUCGGAUAUUAGCCAGGAAAGAUAGCCGUUACAGCGAGAAAGAUGCGGCCGUGGUAGUGAGACAGAUGCUGAAAGUUGCGGCUGAGUGUCAUUUGCGCGGUUUGGUUCACCGAGAUAUGAAACCAGAGAAUUUUCUGUUCAAAUCGACUGAUGAAGAUUCGGCUCUUAAAGCUACAGAUUUUGGAUUAUCAGACUUCAUAAAGCCAGGCAAAAAGUUUCAUGAUAUCGUUGGGAGCGCAUACUAUGUAGCACCUGAAGUGUUAAAACGGAGGUCAGGACCCGAAUCAGAUGUGUGGAGUAUUGGUGUAAUCAGUUACAUUCUUCUCUGCGGGAGACGACCCUUCUGGGACAAGACUGAGGACGGUAUCUUCAAGGAGGUCUUGAAGAACAAACCUGAUUUCAGAAGAAAACCGUGGCCAACCAUUAGCAACAGCGCCAAAGAUUUUGUCAAAAAGUUGUUAGUAAAAGACCCGAGAGCGCGAUUAACAGCUGCGCAAGCGCUAUCACAUCCAUGGGUUAGAGAAGGAGGAGAUGCAUCUGAGAUUCCCAUAGACAUAUCUGUCCUCAAUAACAUGCGUCAGUUUGUGAAAUUUAGCCGCCUCAAGCAAUUCGCUUUAAGGGCUCUUGCAACGACGCUUGAUGAAGAAGAGUUGGCUGAUCUUAGAGAUCAGUUUGAUGCGAUAGACGUUGACAAGAAUGGCGCCAUUAGCCUUGAAGAGAUGAGGCAGGCUCUUGCUAAAGAUCAUCCUUGGAAGCUAAAAGAUGCACGAGUCGCCGAGAUUCUUCAAGCGAUUGAUAGUAACACAGAUGGAUUUGUGGAUUUCUCUGAAUUUGUCGCGGCUGCACUACACGUAAAUCAAUUAGAGGAACAUGAUUCUGAAAAAUGGCAACAAAGAUCAAGAGCAGCAUUUGAAAAAUUCGACAUAGAUGGAGAUGGAUAUAUAACAGCAGAGGAGCUCCGAAUGCAUACUGGCUUGAAAGGAUCCAUUGAGCCACUUCUUGAAGAAGCAGACAUAGACAAUGAUGGUAAAAUCAGUCUCCAUGAGUUUCGUAGACUUUUGAGAACUGCAAGUAUCAAAUCAAGAAACGUUAGAAGCCCUCCUGGUUAUCUUAUUUCUCGCAAGGUCUAAACAAAAUCUGCAAAAUAUUUUGGAGAAGAUUAAUUACAAAAGAAUCAAAAUCUAAAAAUAGUCGGAUUUGUUUUUGGAUCCCUUGUGUAGAAAAAAAAAAAAAAAUUGGGAUUAAUUGCAGUGUUUUCAUAUGUUGUUGUAACAUAUUUUUUCAUAAACUUUUUUUAUAACCAAUGUCAAAGACCUAUACAGUCAAUUAGGCACAAAUUGUAGUGAUGAGUUUUUGUAUUGUUGUGUAUACAAUAAUGAUUAAAUCAGAGUGU